CGAUUUCCACAGCAAAAGGGAGCGUGCUUAGCGCAUGAUUGCGUUGUGACUACAAUGUGACUACAUUUCCCGUGGUGCAUUAGGCUUAGGUUACUGCCUUGGUGCUAAAGGAUCUCGGCAUUACUUUGCUACUCAUUGAGGGCCCUAAACCAUGUACACAGAGUUAGCAGUGGCGUUGGGGCUUGGAGCAGUGGUAGCCCUGGUGUUCCUGAAGAAGAGAAAGAGUGUCCUGAAAGCUCAGGAUGGCUGGUGGGGUGUGGGAACUUGUCCCCAGGGUCCCGAAGAUAACGGUAUCCGCCCGUUCAAAGUUGAGACAACUUCAGAAGAGAUUGAGGAUCUGCACCGCAGGCUAGAUCAGACCCGCUCUUUUCCUUCUCUGGAAGACAGUCAGUUUAACUAUGGCUUCAACUCCAAAUACCUUGAGAAGGUGGUGUCUUAUUGGAGGAAUGACUUUAACUGGAGGAAACAAGUGGAUAAACUGAACAAAUACCCUCAUUUCAAAACCAAAAUCGAAGGUAUUGAUAUUCACUAUGUUCACGUGAAACCAAAAAACCUGGCCGAGGGAACCCGUGCUGUGCCUCUGAUGAUGGUACAUGGAUGGCCAGGCUCCUUCUAUGAGUUUUAUGGUAUCAUCCCCCUGCUUACGGAGCCAUCCAGUCCUGAUGAUAUAACCUUCGAAGUCAUUUGUCCCUCAAUACCUGGUUAUGGUUUCUCAGAGGCUCCACGUAAGAAAGGUUUUGACAGCGUAUGUGCAGCUCACAUAUUUAAUAAGCUGAUGAAGAGGCUUGGUUUCAACCAGUACUACGUUCAGGGAGGAGACUGGGGCUCGCUUAUUACCACUAAUAUGGCCCAGCUGGAGCCCAAUGCUGUGAAAGGUCUCCACAUUAACUUUGCUCCUCCUGGAAAAGCAGGCCUUGUCAUGAUAUUAUCUAUAGUUUUUGGUCGUCGAUUCCCCAAACUCUUUGGCUUCACCGAGCAUGAUGUAAAACGCCUUUUCCCCACCAUGGAAAAGCUUGUAGUAGAUGCAGUAAGGGAGACUGGAUACAUGCACAUACAGUCCACUAAACCAGACACCGCAGGCCGUGGAUUGAAUGACUCUCCCGUUGGUUUGGCUGCCUACAUUUUGGAGAAAUUUUCAACCUGGACUGAUCCUGAGUUUAAGAAGCUCGAGGACGGUGGGCUGGAGAGGAAGUAUUCUCUUGAUGAUCUCCUGACGAAUGUGAUGAUCUACUGGACCUCCAGGUGCAUUAUAUCCUCCAUGCGUUUCUACAAGGAGAACUUCAGCAAAGGGCUGAAUCAGCCCCACGCAAAGCUUCCAGUUUACGUUCCGACCGGUGUGGCCUCGUUCCCUAAUGAGCUGAUGCAUUCCCCUAAAUUGUGGGUGACACAGAAAUACCAUAAGCUCAAGACUUACACUCCCAUGGCUCGCGGGGGCCACUUUGCUGCUAUGGAGGAGCCACAGUUAUUGGCAGAGGAUGUUCAAAACUUUGUCAAGACUGUGGAAAAGAAAAAGAAGAAAUAGACAGUUCUGUGUCCUUUUAUUCAUAUUCAUGGACUAAUGGAACUCACUGUUUAGAUGCAUAGAUGACCAUGAGUUAAAAAAAAACAACAACUCCUGGACCACAACACAUGGCUAAUCCUAAUCAUUACUGUCAAAAACUAAUGCAUUAACAUUAAUUUUUGGGCAACAGCACUGUUUAAUCCUAGAAAUGUAUUAACACAAUUUGAUUUGUAUUACGUGCCUUAAUUUUUAUUGCAGUUCAAAUAAUGAUAUAAUAAUGACUGGAGCUUACUUACAGUGAUUAUUUGUGGUGAUGCUGAAGUGUUUUCUGAAUGGGACCACAGGAAUCAGCUUAAUGCUGAUGUUAAACUGUGUGAAAUGACAGUCAGUAAUUUAUUGAAGCACUUUUAAUUGCAGUUAUUUAAUGAUAGUAAUAAGUAGUAAAGAACGAAAUCACAAAAA